CUGUAACUCGUUAGGUUAUAGAGUCUCGGAGUGCCGAUAUCUACGCCCACAGAAGCGUGUUUUUGUUGUUCACAUAGUUCUUGUUUAACCAUGUUCAGCGUCCUCAGCAUAUUCAACAAAUAACACAGAAUGCCGCCUGCAGAUCUCUGCAACUUACAACUACUUGUCAGCGCGAUACGAUAAAGUGUCCGCCCGCUCAAAAGACACGACGCGUAGAGUACGCUGAUAGCAAGUAUCAACCUCUCAAUUUUUGAAAGGUAACGCAAGAAGGAGAAACCGAGAAUUCAUCUCAGAAAGGAGAUGUUUUCUUACAUCUUUGGGGGAAGUAGUUCUUCGAAGCAUGCGACGGCCGACAAGGAACCGCCGGUCACGAAGGGCAUGUUCGGCGGAACCUAUGGCCCGAAGGAGAAACUAAGCAAAAGCGAAAUCAAAAAGCUGAAUCGAUACUGGGCGAGAAAUAUCAAUAAGCGGGACAUGCACUAUCAGGAAUUCAUCAACCUUGCCGAAUGGCAUGGCAAUCCCCUUGUUCCGAGGGCACUUGAAGUCCUCAACAGCGGUGUGAAGGUAUUACUGGAGUCAUUUUUCACCUGCAAGAAAUGGUAACGAUAAAAUUUAACUUAAAAGUCACCGCGAGCACGACCACCACGAUAUGCAAAUAUCAUGAAGUUGUAUGCUUACAACGUCUGUUACGCAUUUCGUACAUCUUCAACAUCCAGAAGAAAACUAUAGGAUCAUCUUGAUACUACAACUACAACUACUAAUAACGAUAGUUAUCAUGAUUAACAUGAUUACCAAAAUACCAAUACCAUCAGGACCACUAAAAUUGAUUAAGUAAUCUCAUCCGUUCAGGAGUCAAAAGACUUGUCAAAGAGCCCAACAGUGCGCUUACAAGACUUCAUAAACGUCUACGAGAAGCUGCGCAAUUAUCAACCAAGAUCAAGCAAAAUGGAAUUCGCUUUCAAGCUGUUGGAUUUCGAUGGGGAUGGACGUAUUACUCGAUUAGACCGACGCUAAUGCUUUACAUUUCUUGCAUGAUGUUGUGCUUAUAGGCUAAAAAUGGAAUCAAUAAAGACAUGAUUGUUCUAUCGCGAAGAUGUCUCGAGAAAUUCUCAGGUGGUGGAGGGUGGUAUCAAUGAUCUUGUUGUUCGCACUUCAAAACCAUCAACAUUCCACUACAAGCAACUAGGUGUCAACGAAGGAGAUAUCGUGCACUUUCUCAUGACCGUUACCGGGAUAUCGGAAGACGCCUGUCGAUACCAUGCAUCGGAGAUUUUAGAAGGGCGGCCAGCAUUUACGAGACAGGAAUUUGAGGAGAAUGUGCCUUUGAUACAGCUCUGUGCAAGGUUUGAUUUACCGCAACCCCCAGGAUGAGCACGAGGAAUAUGGGCAUCAAGAGAUUCCCUCAUCCCCACCGUCGAUAUGACCCCCUGAUUUACUUCCUCUAGUUUUUGUCCCUAAUAGCUGAACUACAAAUAUAAGGCAUUUUGCGAAGACCAACAGAAGGGUGA